GUGAAUUAAAAAAAACUCAAUAGUUAUUAAAAUUGAUAUUAAAAUAUAUAUUUAAUUAAUUGUAAUAUUCAGUAUAAUUAUUGAAAUUUAUUAAGCAGGUGAAAAAUAAAAAUUUUCGGAUACAAGUAUAUAUGUUUCCCGGGGGGAAAUACAAGAAGCAAAUAUUCAAUAUAUUUUAGUUAAAAUAGAUUUUUCAAAAAUCUAUUUAGGAAAACGUUAAAAAGAGAUUAUACAAAAUAAAUUUUGUUAUUUUGAAAAAAAAAAAUUAUGGAAAUGCAGCUAAGAGAUUUUGAGAUAUCCGAAAGCGAUUCAGAAACAGAAUUAUUAAUACAUUCAGCUCGCGGAUCACUACAAAGUAAUAGUAUUAGUGAAGGUAACACACCUUCAAUCACCGGUCAAUCAACAGUUAAACCUGGACAAGUUCGUUUGCGUAAUGAUAGAAAUAGUGAAAGAAUUUCAUUGUUAUUAUUGCCACCAGAUAAGGGACCAUUGUUUAGUAAAAAUCGUCGUAACAAUACAAUAACACUGGGGAAGUGCUGUAAAUUACUGAUUUGUGGCUGUUGGUGCUUGGCAUGGAGAAAAUGGUUUGCUGCGCCGGUAUUACGUUCUCGCACCGUACAUUUAGGCCGCACAUCAGACGAAAAAUUCCCACCGAAUGAAAUUCGUAAUCAAAAAUACAAUUUAAUAACAUUUUUACCAUUGGUGCUUUUCGAACAAUUUCGGUUCUUUUUAAAUUUGUAUUUUUUGUUAAUGGCUUUAAGUCAGUUUAUACCAGAUAUUAGAAUUGGUUAUCCAUAUACAUAUUGGGGUCCAUUAUGCUUUGUAUUGGCAGUAACAAUUGGACGUGAAGCCGUUGAUGAUAUAAGACGACAUCAGCGAGAUCAUGAAGUUAAUUCACAAAAAUAUAAACGUUUAACAACGAAUGAAAAAGGUAUUGAAAUGAUACCGUCAUCAAAAUUAAAAGUAGGUGAUAUUAUCAUUGUUGAAAAAGAUGAAAGAGUACCAGCUGAUUUAAUAUUAUUAAGAACAAGUGAUAAAAGUGGAUCAGUUUUCGUUAGAACAGAUCAAUUAGAUGGUGAAACGGAUUGGAAAUUGAGACUAGCUGUUCCCGUAACACAAAAAUUAUCUAAUGACUCAGAAAUUUUUAAUAUUGAAGCGAGUAUUUAUAUUGAGAAACCGCAAAAUGAUAUACAUUCAUUUAUAGGAACAUUUGCAAUGCUUGAAGGUGAAGAAUGUAGCUUAAAUGUUGAAAACACUCUUUGGGCAAAUACAGUAGUAGCUGCUGGAACAGCUACUGGAAUUAUUAUUUAUACUGGCAGAGAAACUAGAAGCGUAAUGAACAACUCUUCGCCACGGUCUAAAGUUGGCCUGUUAGAUAUGGAGAUAAAUGGCUUGACAAAGGUUUUAUUUUGUGCAGUUUUAGGGCUGUCUUUAGUUAUGAUUAUUUUAAAAGGUUUUGGAGGACCUUGGUACAGAUACUUAUUCAGAUUUAUACUGCUUUUUUCAUAUAUAAUUCCAAUAAGUCUCCGUGUAAAUUUAGACAUGGGAAAAGGUUUUUAUUCAUGGCAAAUGCAAAAUGAUCCCGAAAUUGAGGGUACAGUCGUGCGUUCAACCACAAUACCGGAGGAAUUGGGCAGAAUUUCUUAUUUGUUAACAGACAAAACAGGCACUCUAACACAAAAUGAAAUGGUAUUUAAAAAAAUUCAUUUGGGAACCGUUUUUCAUGAUACGGAAACAUUUAAAGAAUUUGCGCACACAAUUGAAAAACUAAAUUUUAGUCAGGGUAGUGUUCCUAUUCUGCCCUCUAAACAGGGAUUUGGAAAUAGAAUGCGGAGACCUGAAGGCUGGAGAGAAUGGGAAGCUCUUAAGGCUUUAGCUCUUUGCCACAAUGUAACCCCAGUCGCUAAUGAUGACAAAAUUGAUGGAAAAAAAUGUGACAAACAUAGUUCACCAACAAAAACAGUUAUAAGUUUGGAUAGUUCUAACGAUAUCAGUCAGAAAAAGAAAGAAAUAACCUAUCAGGCAUCAAGUCCAGAUGAAAUUGCACUUGUAAAGUGGACUGAACAAGUUGGCUUGACAUUAAUAAAUAGAGAUUUGAAUACGAUAACUUUGAAAUUGAAUAGAAAAGAAGAAAAAACUCAAAAAAAAGUUGUUUAUAAUCCAGAAUCGUCUUCACCUGGUAGUAGCGACAGCACUGCUAGUUUCAAUUCUAUAGCUGACCAAGAUAAUAUCUUGAAUUUUCAAAUACUUCAAAUUUUUCCAUUCAAAAGUGAAACAAAGCGAAUGGGUAUAAUAGUUAGAGAUGUAAAAUCUAAUGAAAUUACAUUUUAUUUAAAAGGAGCUGAUGUUGUUAUGUCGACUAUUGUACAAUACAAUGAUUGGUUGAGUGAAGAAAGUGGCAAUAUGGCUAGAGAAGGUUUGCGGACCUUAGUUGUUGCCAAAAAGGUACUAACAGAAGAACAAUAUAGUGAUUUCGAAACACGAUAUAGUGCAGCUAAAUUGAGUAAAACAGAACGUGCUACGAAAGUAGCAGCUGUAGUUGAAUCACUUGAACGUGAAAUGGAAUUGCUCUGCCUAACAGGUGUUGAGGACCGUUUGCAAGAAAACGUAAGACCAACACUUGAAUUACUUAGAAAUGCUGGUGUUCGUAUUUGGAUGUUAACUGGAGAUAAAUUAGAGACCGCGUGUUGCAUUGCAAAAAGUUCGCAAUUAAUCGGUCGAACACAAGGUUUACAUGUUCUGAAGAGCAUUCAAACACGUGCUGAUGCACAUUUGGAAUUAAAUCAAUUCCGUAGAAAACAAGGAUGUGCUCUAAUCGUAUCGGGAGAAAGUUUAGAAGUAUGUUUACAGUAUUAUAGAACUGAAUUUAUGGAACUAGCAACUGCAUGUCCAGCUGUUGUAUGCUGCCGUUGUAGUCCAACACAAAAAGCUAAAGUUGUUGAAUUAAUUCAAAAACAUACUGGAAAACGUACUUGUGCUGUUGGUGAUGGUGGUAAUGAUGUUAGCAUGAUACAACAAUCAGAUGCCGGUAUUGGUAUUGAAGGUCGUGAAGGUAGACAAGCAUCAUUAGCUGGUGAUUUCAGUAUUCCACAAUUUUCGUAUAUAGCCAAAUUAUUAGUUGUACAUGGCCGUAGAUCAUAUAAAAGAUCAGCUGCACUAUCUCAAUUUGUAAUACAUCGUGGUUUAAUUAUUUCAAUAAUGCAAGCAAUUUUUUCAGCUGUUUUUUAUUUAAGUUCAGUAGCAUUAUAUCAAGGAUUUUUAAUGGUCGGUUAUGCAACAGUUUAUACAAUGUUUCCAGUUUUUUCAUUAGUCCUAGAUCAAGAUAUAACAUCUAAAAAAGCUUUAAAAUAUCCUGAAUUAUAUAAAGAUUUAUCAAAAGGAAGAAGUUUAAGUUAUAAAACAUUUUUUAUAUGGGUUUUAAUAAGUAUUUAUCAAGGCGGCGUUAUAAUGUAUGGUGCACUUGUAUUAUUUAAAGAUGAAUUUAUCCAUAUUGUUGCGAUCAGUUUUUCGGCUCUAAUCUUGACAGAAUUAAUAAUGGUAGCGCUAACAGUUAUAACUUGGCAUAGAUUAAUGAUUUUGGCUGAAAUAUUUAGUUUAAUUUUAUAUUUAAUAUCGUUAGCUGUUUUACAGGAAUAUUUUGACUGGGAAUUUAUUUGGUCAUUCGAUUUCCUUUGGAAGGUUUCUGGUAUAACACUUGUAUCUUGUUUUCCACUUUAUAUUAUUAAAUUUUUACGAAAGAAGUUUUCACCACCAUCAUAUUCAAAACUGUCAUAAAUAUUUUAUUUUCUAGUUUUUAUAAUAUUUUUUUUUUAUUUUCAAGCUUUAUAAUAUAAUAGUGAUACAUAAUUUAUGAUUUUAAAUGUACAUAAUUUUCUAAUAUAUACAGAAAAUACACAUUUUAUACAUAAUAUUGUGAAAGGAUUUUGCAAAGUUCUUUUAUUAAAUUUUUUGCUUAUUUUAGAAAAAAGCUUUGUUAAUUUGUUUUAAAUGUGUACAUUUAUAAACUGUAAGAUAAACAAUAUUAAAAAAAUUGAAAUGAAGAAAUAUCAAAAAAGUAAUUUGAAAAAAAAAAUACAUGCACACACACUCAUAUUAUAAAUGCAAUAACCUUUCACAUUCAGUACAUGAAAUUCAGUCAAUUGUUAUAGUUAUUGAUGGGAAAAAUAAGUAUAUAAAUUAAAAAAAUAUCUAAAACAUAAAAUAAAGACAUUUAGAAAUUCUUUGCUCUUAUUUGCUAAUAAUAACAAUAAUAUUAACUAUUUUAUUUUAAAUGUUUUAUAAAAACAAUUAAUAAAGAUCAUAAAAGAAGCUUAAAAUUGACAAUAAAUCUAAUGUACAAAGCUAAAAAUUAUGACAAAUAUUAAGUAAAAAAAAAUAAUUUUAACAAACUAUAGACUAAAGCGAUUGUGUUUUUAUUUUAACAUACAUAUUGUGUUCUUUAGUAGUCUAUUAAAUAAAGAAGAAAAGAAUGAAGAACAGCAACUUACUAGAAAAGUAGCUAAGGAUGAUUUUAAUUUUAAUGUUGCUAAAUUUAUGUAUCUUUAAAAUGUAUUUUCAAUAAAAUUAAAAUUAUUUAAGAUUUAAAAAUAAUAUUGUAAAUUAUAGAUAUUGGGCCAUUAUUAUUAUAAAAAAUAUUAUAAUUUUUUAUAUGCGCAAAAAAUCAUGCUAAAUAUUUAAAUUAGUGAUAAACUUCUUGAAAUAAAAUGAAAAUUUCUAAGCAUAUCACAAAAUUAAAAUGAUCUUAUUUUUAUAUAAAAAGUUUUCAAGUUCUUCAUAUUGGAUAAAAAUUCAAAUAUUAACUAGUUUACAAAAUUAAUAUUUUUAUCAAUAUUGAUAUGACAUAAAAUUAAUAAUUUGCAAAUAAUUUAUAAUCAAUUUAAUAAAAUAAUUGAUUAUUCAUUCGAAUAAUUGUUUAUUAAUAUUUAUGAUUGUGUCAUAUAGGUAUCAAGUUCGGUUUUUAUAAUAUUACAAUAAACACCAUAUUUAAAUCAUAUCGUCUUAAAAAAACUAUAUAUUUUACAAUAAUAAUUUUAUACAAUAUAAUUUUAGCAAAAAAAAUUUAAAUUAAAAUAAAAAUUCACUUAAUUUGAGCAAAGCAUUUUUAAGUGUAUUUU